AUGAUGAGAGAAAAGAGAGGGGAAAAUCUGUGCGUUACCGUGCCGACUUUGUUCCGGUGCCCGAUUUCAAUGGACGUGAUGAAAUCUCCGGUGAGUCUAUGCACCGGCGUCACAUACGAUCGCAGCUCCAUCGAAAAGUGGCUAUCUCUAGGACACACUACCUGUCCCGCCACCAUGCAAACCCUCCUCUCCACCCACACCACCCCAAAUCUCACCCUUCGCCGCCUCAUCCACCUCUGGCUCUCACACCCCGACCCAGCCCACGCGCCGCCACUGCCGCUGCCGACGUCGUUCUCCAAACAACAAGUCAGGGAAGUCAUCAGUGGCGCAUUAAACUGCGAUUCUCUAGCGAGAAUUAUUGAUUUUAUGAAGGUUUCGGAGGAUAAUUUGAAGUUUAUAGAAUUUUCUGACGAUGCAGUUUCUACUUUUUUUGAGCUUUUCGGAAAUUGUAAAAAAAUUGAGAUUUGUGAACUGAUUGUUGAAAUUCUGGAUUUGAUUUUAUUGGAAAAUAGAGCGAAAGAGAAAUUUAAUAGCUUGAUUUUGAAGAGCGAUGUGGAUUGUUUAUCGUCGUUUCUUUUGGUGCUAAGGGAAGGUAGCCUGACAUCGAAGAUUAAAUCGGCGAGGAUUUUGGAGUCAAUCGCAUUUAAUUCAGAGUCUGAACGUAAGAUUGCAGAAAAGGAAGGGAUACUGUACGAACUGUACACAUUAAUCGCCGUAAAAAACGACCGGCUUGCAAUCCAAGCCGGUUUAUCUGCUUUAUUAGCUAUUUCAACAUCCAGGCUGGUUCGGAAGGAGUUAAUCCGGUUCGGAAUAGUAAAAAUAGUAGGGGAAAUCCUCUCCAUUUUUGACUUUUCAAGUACGGUUCGUCCGGUCAUUGAGAAAUCUCUAGGAUUAGUGGAAGUGGUUGCCACGUCUACGGAAGGGAGGGAGGCGAUUAGUGAAGACGAGAAAUGUGUGGUGGAGAUUGUAAAGAGGCUGAUGAAAUGCUCCAGCGUAGCGACGGAGCACAGUAUUACGGUGAUCUGGAGCUUAUGUUGCUUGGCUCGUGAUCGAACGGCUCAGGAGAAGGUGAUGAAAGUCAAUGGGUUGACUAAAGUACUACUGGUAAUGCAGAGUGAUUGCUCGGUGAGUACAAGACAGAUGUGCAGGGAAUUGGUCAAAGUUUUGAGGGCGAAGAAUUCAAAAUCUUGCUUGGCUAGUUAUGAGACUAGGACCACUCACAUUAUGCCUUAUUGA